AUGGUGCUGGACGCCGCCUUCCUGGACAGAUGCCGGCAGGCAUUCCAGGCUCUAGACUCUGGUCAUCAGGGUGCUCUCGGCCGCGUUGAAAUGAGGGAGUUGCUGGAAACGAUCUUGGAGAAACCCCCAAGUGACGAUAUCUUUUUUCGUCUCAUGGCGGAGAUCGAGGAAGACUGCUCUGGCCAGAUAGUAGAUGCAUGGACCGCGCUCGGAGGUGCCCGCGACAAGUCAGGGGAGCUGGAUACGAAGAGACUAAUCAAGAUUGUCAAAGACGACUUCCAAAUGACCAUUGAUAUUGGACAAUUUAUUGAUCAACUGGAUAUCAACAAAGAUGGCCGCAUCGACUACAAGGAAUUUGCGGAACUCUUUAAAUAA